AUGGCAGAAAACAAAGUAUCCGCGGCCUUUUUCUGCCCGCAGACAACUGCCGCUGACGAGGCUUAUCUGGCUGGACUACACACCUUUCUCAGCAACCACCAAUAUGGAAAGCUCCUCCUUAGAGAAGUUGCAGCUCUGGCAGACCCGGAACUCUGGGAGAUUUUCGCUUCUGCACGAUCUGAUGUGCGUGCCCUGAGCCAUGGCCCGGUAUAUCUCGCCGUACUGCGAGAUUGGGCGCUGACAGGCGUCUCGGGUCCGCUGGCCGCGAUCCGUUCCAAUAUUACUUCUCUUCCUCUCCUAGCGGUUAUGCAGCUAGGCCAGUAUCUGCGGUAUCUCGAGGCGCACCAUCAGUCACAUCGGCAGUUUGUGGCCCAGAUCCAGCAAGGCACUGGGGGUAUCCAUGGGUACUGUGGCGGGUUGCCCGCCGCAAUGAGCAUUGCAUGUGCCGAGGAUGAAGCAGAGCUAAUCAAACACACAGCGACGGCGAUGAGAAUAACAGUAGGUAUUGGCGCCUACACGGAAGCGGGCGACGAGGACCACGGGGCCGCGCAAACAUUACUAGCUGUUCGACUCAAAUACGAGGGCCAGGGCGACGAGUUAAUUCGACGUUUCCCAGACACAUACAUCUCUGCUGUCACCGGGCCGCGGUCUAUCAGCAUCGGGGGUGCGGCGACCACAGUAAACGAGUUGUUCCGCUAUAUCACAGAGCAUGAGGGCCUCCGCGCGCAGAUGAUCGAUCUCGGGGGGAGCGCACACAACCCAGCGAACAUUCAGCUCGCCAAGGACCUAUGUCGGUUAUGUUUAGAGGCGCCUAAUAACUACUUGCAGCUUCCAGAUACGUCGCAGCUAAAAGUUCCGCUGCGAUCAAACCAGGACGGUGCGCGGAUUUUUUCUGGAUCCCUGGCCGAUGAUCUUAUCAUCACCAAUCUUGCUGCCCGGUGUGAGUGGUACGAGCUGCUCAAAGGCGUUGCUCAAGACCUGGCGCAGUCAUCUCGAUCGAAACACGAAUUCGUCGUGUUCGGUUGGGCGGACUGCGUAACCAUGACCCCCUUCCAUCAACUUCGCCUCCAGAUCAACAAGACAAUGGCUAAGGGCUUAAUAUUGCUGGAACAUUCAUCGCAAAACCAUAAAAAGGAUCUAGAACUUGUCGAACCAGAGGUCGAACAAGAAAAACAACACCUUCGCUCAUCCCCAACCUUCAACUUCCCCGACAACGCCAUCGCCGUAGUUGGCGCAUCAUGUCGUCUCCCAGGAGCCCGAAACAUGGAGGAAUUAUGGAAUAUGCUCGCCAACGGGACAAAUUGCGUCCAAGAGCUUUCCUCCAUUGAUCGAUUUGACCUACCCGGAAGCUUUCGCUCAUCGCAGAGCGGCAGUCUCACGCAACGACGCACCUUCUACGGAAACUUUAUCGAAGAUGUCAAGCGAUUCGACCACGCUUUUUUUGGUAUCAGCAGCCGAGAGGCAGCAAACAUGGAUCCCCAGCAGCGUAUCGCCUUAGAGCUCUCUUUCGAGGCACUCGAGGAUGCCGGCUACCUAGCCGAGUACUACCGCUCGUCUGGCGACAAUGUUGGGUGCUUCAUUGGCCUUGUGCUGGCUGAGUAUAUGGAGAAUACUAAUGGACAUGCCCCGACAGCGUACACCUCCACUGGUACCGUUCCAGCCUUCGUCUGUGGCCGCAUAAGUCAUACCUACGGUUGGUCAGGACCAUCUGAGAUGUUCAACACGGCCUGCUCAUCUUCGAUGGUAGCCAUAAACCGCGCCUGUAAAGCAAUUCAGGCGGGAGAAUGCCACAUGGCUUUGGCUGGAGGCGUGAAUGUUAUCAGUGGAGUGAAUAAUUAUCUCGAUCUGGCCAAGGCUGGUUUCCUCAGCCCAACAGGCCAAUGCAAGCCGUUUGAUGCGUCCGCAGAUGGAUACUGCCGCGCAGACGGCGCAGGGCUUGUGGUUCUGAAGAAGCUGGAGCAAGCGGUGGCCGAUGGUGACAAUGUCUUGGGAGUUAUUGCUGGCGUGGGCACAAACCAGGCCGGGCUCUCCAGCUCCAUCACUGCCCCUGAUCCUGGCGCACAACAGUCCCUCUACCGAACUGUAUUAAAACAGUCCGGUGUACAGGCCGACCAGAUCACAUAUGUGGAGGCUCACGGAACCGGUACUCAAGUGGGCGAUCCCUUAGAGAUGGAGAGUAUUCGAUCUGUUUUUGGAAGUAGAAAUGCUGGCUCGCAGCAGAGCGUUCAUGUAGGCUCUAUCAAGGCCAACGUGGGCCACAGCGAGCCAGCGGCUGGUGUAGCGGGCUUACUCAAGGUCUUGACCAUGCUGCGGCAUGGUCAGAUCCCACCACAAGCCGGUUUCCGACUUCUAAACCCCAAAAUCACACUUCCAGAUGGGAUUAACAUCUCCCGCAACCUGCAACCCUGGGAUGCCCCUUUCCGCGCAGCGUUGGUAAACAGUUACGGCGCUGCUGGAUCCAACGGUGCUCUUAUCUGUUGUGAAAUGCCUCAGUAUUCUUCGAAACAGCCAUCACCAUCAACCUCACAGAUAUCAUUUCACCUCCCGGUCACGGCAACGUCCAAGACAAGCCUCGUGGAGAAUGCCAAGGCUCUCGGGGAAUAUUUAGACCAGAAAGCAUCGGGUUCUAACUCACUACUCCUAGCCGACGUCGCCUUCACGCUGAGCCAGCGAAGGCAGCGUCACAAAUACUCGGCGUCAGUUACCGCCGAUACCCUCAAGGGAGCUGUACAAGCCCUUAAAUCGCUCGGUGAAUCCGAGAUAUUUGAGCUUCCGACAUCAGGGCCCGGAACUGGAACACCCCUUGUGCUUGUAUUCAGCGGCCAAAUCAGCAGUACAAUAUCCCUUCCUGAGAGCCUUCCCAGCAGCUUUCCUGUUUUCCGGUCGUAUCUCGAAGAAUGUGAUACUGAGUUCCGAAAGCUGGGCAACUCUUCUCUUCUUCCAGCCAUCUUCCAGAACAACCCCGUCGACGAUAUUGCAGCACUGCAAUGUGGCAUAUUCGCUGUUCAGUACGCGAGUGCCCAAUGCUGGAUUGAUGCGGGAGCACGGCCAAGAGCCCUCAUUGGUCAUAGUCUCGGUGAGCUCACAGCACUUGCUGUGUCGGGAGUGCUCUCGCUGGCUGACAGUAUAAAGCUGAUUGCCACGCGGGGGCAUCUGAUAGCAACGAAAUGGGGCGCCGAAAAGGGGACCAUGCUUGCUUUGGAGUGCAAUAUGGAUGAAUGGGCUGAGAUAUCCGCCCUGGUAAGACAGGAGCAUACUAAUCUUUCACAGCUUGAAAUCGCCUGUUAUAAUGGACCAACAUCACUCGUUAUCGCCGGCGCCGUGGAUGCCAUAGAGGCAACGGAAAGGAUUCUACGUAAACAGCCUCAAUUUCAAAGGGUCCGCUUCCAGCGCGUCCAUACUAGCCACGGCUUCCACUCGGCUCUUACAGAACCUAUCUUGGUUGACCUGGAAACCGUUGCACAGUCCCUCACAUGGAACGAGCCUAAUAUUCCCCUACAUACCUGCACUGAGACCCCAGAAUCAAACCAUCAGAAUGUUGCAAGGCAUAUGCGUCAGCCUGUAUUCUUUGGAAAUGCUGUCCGUAGAGUUGAGGCCGCGUUGGGAUCAUCAUGUCUCUGGCUCGAGGCCGGUGUCAACACGCCUAUCGCAGCUAUGGUUCGACGAGCUUGCGCACAGCCCAACAAGCACAUUUUCCAAACCAUCAAGACCCAAGGUCGCCCUCGCCCGACUGAUGUGAUAACCGAAACAGUGGCAGGUCUCUGGCGUACAGGAACUUUCUUAAGCCAUUGGGCUUUUCUCUCCUCAUUCAAACAUCCUCGGGAAUGUCGCUCAGUAUGGCUCCCGCCUUAUCAGUUUGCGAAGACGCAGCACUGGGUUGAUCAUAUUGACCAGGCUGUGGAAAUGCAGCAGGAGGUAUCCCGCCUCGAAAACAUGACAGCAUCAGGCCGAACUUCUAAGGAAACCGAAGCACUCCCUCCACCACCGCCGCCUCUUGUAGCGAGAAGACCGAACCCCUCUGUCAUAGAUACUGGAUGUACUGAAUUUGUGAUCAACACUGAGAGUGCUCGUUUCUGCAGCGUGGUCAGUGGGCAUGUGGUGUGCUCACGCCCUCUCUGUCCUGCGCCUUUGUAUAUGGAGUGUACGACCAUGGGAUUACUCCUACUGCUAGAAGACAAACAUGGCACAGCCGGGAAUGCUCAUCAGGUGAUGAAAGGCAGAAGUCUCAUUUUCAAGAAUCUGCGUGUCAGCCAUCCACUCAGUGUCGAGCCUCAAGGCGACGUGGUACUCCUACGCCUCGAGGAAGUUCCUGGCGAGAAUCAGACGUGGAAAUUCAAUAUCCUGUCUUCUAGCACAUCGAUCAGUGCCAAGGGAAGACUGGCACCCACCGAGACAGCACAUGCGGACGGGAUGAUUUCUCUCUCUCUUGACCCCAUGAUAGACAGUUUCCAGCGCCUCGUGUCCGGGGAUAUGCGGCGCUUCGUGAACAACUCACAGAAAGAAAUGUUGUUGUCGAAACGUGCGUAUGGUCUGUUUUCCCGUGUUGUAACAUACGACAGAUGCUUCAAGGGUAUUGAGACUAUUGAGCUCGACCAGCACGAAGCGCUUGCCACAGUCAAGGUCCCAGAUCAGCAGCCGCACCGCGGGGACAGCAGUGCAUGGCAGAUAUGCGAUGCAGUCACGGUGGACGCAUGUGUGCAUGUGGUCGGACUGCUGAUCAACACCAGCGACACUCUGCCAAACGAGGAAGUCGCGGUCAUGGUGGGACUCGACCGUGUCGUCAUGUCUCCUGCCUUCGCCAUGUCCGAAGACGUCGCACACUGGCGCGUCUAUGCCAGCUUCACCGACCAACUGCAGCAGUCUGUGGGAGAUGUGUUUGUCUGUUCGCCUGAGGGCGAGCUGGUUGCUCUUUUCACUGGCUGCCGUAUGACAAAGCUUCCUGUCUCGCGGCUUGAGAGAGUGCUCGACGCGGCAUUCUCGACAUCAAAAACCUCCCACAAAGCGGUAACAACUGCACAUAUCACACCAGCAGCAUCGGCCACCGUCACAAGCACUCCAGGAAGUCGGGACUUCAUCAACACACCAAACACGAGCUCGCCGGCCUCGCAGGUCUCAGAUGGACUACCCGAAAACACACGCUUGGCCUUGAGAGACCUCAUCGCCGAAUGCAGUGGCAUUGACAGCUCUGAUAUCCCAGAAACCACAGCGUUGGGACUCAUAGGACUUGAUUCGCUUGGCGCUGCCGAACUGUCUGAGGAGCUAUCCUCCACACUGGGUUUAACUAUCAGCUCCAAGAAUCUGAUGGAUAGCACGCUGGCCGGGCUUGAUCAACUCCUGGGCAUUCAGCAUAAGGGCCAUAGUCUGACUCCGAACCGACCUCUAACACCUCCUAUUACACCUCCACCUGAAUUCCAAUCGAGUUCACAUGAUUUCGGAAGUAAAAAGUCUCAUGCCAUUAAAAGUACUACACAAGUCGCUCAUGAUCCGAAGCGGGAGAAGUUCCUUGGUCUAUUGGCCGAGAUUUUGGGUGUCCAACUCGAGGACGUUGAGCCCGAAACGUCUUUGGAUGAUCUGGGUAUUGACUCUUUAUCCACAAUUGACCUGAAACAGGAGAUCGAGGAUAAUUUCUCCGUCAAUAUUGAAUUGGCUCCAGGUAGCACGGUUCAGCAUAUUAUGAAACUUUUGGGCAUAGCGAACACAGAUCACGGUGAUACUAAACACCAAGUAAAGAAUAAUGACACGUUAUUAUCGAUCACAAACCCAACCGCUUCGGUACACGAUACCAUAUUUCAAAACAACCCCUUCGAGGCACUGAAAGCAUUAGACGCGCGGUUUGAAUCUUUUGCAAGCAAGCACGGAAUCUUGGACUACUGGUCAAAGGUUGCGCCAUUCCAAGACGAACUGACGCUUGCCUACAUCGUCGAAGGUUUUGCUGGCGUAGGGGUCGACCUCAGGCAGUUCGCCCCCGGGGAGCAGGUACCUCUCGUACCCUACCUCACACCAAAAUACGAUAAACUCGUGCGCCGGCUUUGGGAGAUCUUGGAAAGACAAGGUCUGAUAGUCAUUACAUCUCGGGAUGCAAGAGAUAUGCCAAAGGCUAUAACCCGCACAAGUCAACAGAUCGACAACCGGCCAGCCUCGCAACUACUUCAAGCCUUCGACGCCCGAUUUCCAGUGUUCAGCAACGAAACCAAACUGAUGGGUCUGACAGGUCCGAGACUUGCUGAAUGCCUCAGUGGAAAAGUUGACUCGGUUUCAGUCAUGUUUGGGAGCCCUGCGUCCCUGAAAAUCAUGGAAGACUACUACGGCUCCUCCCCCAUCUCGUCUACACUGACAGACCAACUCUCCGAGUUUCUCACGAACCUAGUAAGAAGUGGAAACAGCCACAGAAGACCUGUGCGCAUUCUUGAGGCCGGAGGAGGCACCGGCGGGACGACCAGAUGGCUAGCUAAGGCGUUGGCCGAUGCUGGCAUCGCAACAGACUACAUGUUUACCGACAUCGCGCCCAGUCUGGUCAAGAAAGCUAAGAGCAGGUUCCAGGUGAAAUACCCUUUUAUGGAGUUCACCACAUUCAACCUAGAAGACGAUAUUCGCCCUGAAUUACGUGGCCAAUUCGACAUCGUGGUGGCCACGAACACCGUGCAUGCCACUACAGACCGUACCGCAUCGGUUCGUCGUAUGUGUGAGGCGCUCACACCCGCCGGGGGUCUUGUCGUGCUUGCAGAACUUACCUGCCACAUCAAUUGGUGCGAUAUCUGCUUCGGGCUUCUCGAUGGCUGGUGGUUGGCAGAUGGUCCCAUCGCACCAUUACAGACGGCGCCGGAGUGGAUGGACACAUUCGCUGAGGCGGGAUUUUCCUCCAUGGGAUACUCAACCGGUGACUGUCCUGAGGCUCAGACGGCGCAGCUACUGGUGGCAAGUAAUAUGUCAUGGGAAAUGCGAACAAUCCCUACCCCUGUCCCAGAGAAAGACAGCGGCUAUCGCCUACAGACAAUGGUCUAUAAGGAAAUUGACGGAGUUCGGAUCCACGCCGAUGUUUAUUUUCCCAAACAGACCCCCUCGUCGUCUCUGCCAAUCGCCCUAAUGAUCCAUGGCGGUGGUCAUAUGCUACUAUCGCGCAGGGCGAUUCGUGCGGCGCAGACACGCCAUCUCCUGCGACAAGGCUUCCUUCCAGUCAGUAUUGACUACAGACUCUGCCCUGAGAUCAACCUCGUUGAUGGACCAAUCACCGAUGUCUGUGAUGCAUACCAAUGGAUCCGGACCGUGCUACCGAAAAUAGCCCUUGCAGAGGUUGGUAUACAACUCAAUCCGAGCCAGGUGGUAGUGGUAGGAUGGUCGACUGGUGGCCAUCUGGCUAUGUCGUUGGGAUGGAUGGCCGAAGCUGCGGGCAUACCGCCACCAAAGGCAGUGCUAAGCUUUUAUGCCCCUGUCGACUUUGAGUCUGGAGAGCUCGAUUCCGCACGCUUCAUGUUCAUGCCCAAGCCGCAGAUGAGUCUCGAGCAAAUUCUGUCAUCUCUGCCCGCUAAACCCAUUACAAACACUGCCUCCAGCAGCGAUAGUUCUGAACUGGGCUGGGUCCAAGGCGAGCCGCGCUCCGAGCUUCUUCUCACGCUCUCGCAACAAGGCAUCGCCCUCCCCGUCUUACUCAACGGGCUUGGCCCCUCUCGCGGCCUAGAUCUGACACCACCGUCGCCUGCUCAUAUAGCGUCUGUCAGUCCGCUUGCACGGCUUCGUGCCGGACAGUACACGGUGCCGACAUUCAUCAUCCACGGUUCCCAAGACGAGGUGGCCCCAUUUCCCGCUGCCGAGCGAUUUGUAGCUGAGAUGCAUACACGCGGUGUGAGCUGUGAGUUUUUGUCUCUGCAGGGUCGCCGGCAUCUCUUUGAUUUAGAUCUCCAGGAGGGCACGCAGAAGUGGGAGGAUAUGGUAGCUCCUGGUUAUCGGUUUUUACUCAACUGUGUCAGUAAUUAA